AACACUGUUGACUUCAGUUUUUUUUUUUUUUUUUCCCGUCUGAUAAUAUUAAUUCAAAAGAAGAACAACUUAUAAGGUUUGAUACAUCAGCUGAUUCACAGCAACUAGAGCCCAUGAACAGGCACCUUAAACCCACACCAGAGUAGCUUAAACGAACAAAUACAACUUCACAAACUAACUUAAGAAAAUUCGAUGGAACUCACAAUGAACCUAGCACACCAAGCUUGCAUCAACCCAACAACUUCAGGUGCAUCUGAACGGGAUUUAUCGUUGUCGCUCACGGCCCACCGAACGAUAACCUCAACCUCUGACGACACCAAACUGAGAGCACUCCUCUCCACACCAACGAACCCAGACUUUAUAACCCGGCAAGAUCGAACCACUCUAGGGUCUCCUCCUCUUCCGGAUACGGCAGCAGCGACGCACUUCAUGCGACCAAACUAAACCUCGAUAAAAGCCUUACACUGAACUCUCCAUUCACAUAAGAACUGGAGAAACAGAGGUCAAUCCGCCAAAACUUCACCGACAACUAAAGGAUGCCAGCAGCAAGACAGGAAACCGUUCCCAAUAGCACCAUAACUCAAAAACAUUACAAGCUUAGAAACCAAGAGACCAUUGGUAGAGCCAUGAUUUUUCCAAAACGAUAAGGAUAAAAUCCCAAGACUAAUCAACUACAGCAACCUCCAUAAAAUAAAGGAGAGAUUUAGAUAAGAAAAACUUGAAAAGAACCUGAAAACUAUGGAGGAUUGGAUCUAGAUCUGGAUCAAAACAUAUGUAAUUAAAACCAGCCAAAGCCAUGACUGCAUAUACGACAUUCAGAAACGGCUUCAGCAUACAACGGACCCAAGGUAGAUGUGACAAACCACUCUAAGCCGCAAGCUCUCAAGCUCCUCAACCACCAUAUCUCCAUCAAACAGAAAACUAAAAAGUGCAGAACAAAGAACGAGAGAAUCCACUACAGAUCUGACCGGCGGUGGCGCUAACAGAGCCGCCACGCGCCGGUCACCGGAGCUGCUACUGGUCUGAAGGUAAAGGAGGCGGAGCGCAGAUAUUGCAAGGAGAGAGAAGUUACGCUUCUACUUGUAUUCACUGUUGACUUCAGUUUAUAUAUACUAAAAAUUUAUGCAUUGUUAUGCUAAAUGAUAGCUGUGUACACAGCAAGUUGAUUGAAUAUUCUAACAUAGCCUAAACAGGUAGGCAUCGAGUCUUGAAACUCUACGAUAACCCGUUGAAUCAACCAAGUUGCUUUGGUCUAGUGGUAUAGGAGCUCCAGCUGGAGUGCCCGCCCCUGGGUUCGAACCUUGGCCACUGCGGAAUUUACAUAUGGGUUGCAGCAUCCGAGACCGAAGACCGUUACACGGUGAGCCACAUGGUGACGCCUUGGCAGCGUUCUUGCUCACUUCGGUCUCUAGUCUGGACCACUUCGGUGGGAUCAAGAUACUCGGUUAGCAAAAAAAAAAAAAAAAAAAAAAACAAACAGUGGAAUCGUGAAUCACGCUUGCUCUUCUCUUUUAAGUUACUAGUAAAUCUUCAGUGCUAUAAAUAUACAACAUCCAUUAAAGGUCCAUCUUAUUCAAACUCCAGAACUCUUUGAUCAAUACGUACAUACAAUGGGGUCUGAAAAUGGCAGCGUCACAAAUACAAACGACGACGAGAACGUGGCCUUGAUCUUCGGCGUCACGGGGCUCGUGGGCCGAGAGAUUGUGAAGACGCUAGCAAUGUCGAACAAACCCAGAUGGAGAAUCUACGGCGUUGCACGAAAUCCCGAGAUCAGUUCCAUGACGAAGAUGUACAGUUUCAUCUCCUGCGAUUUGCUUAACGCAUCUGAGACCAAACAGAAACUGUCUCCAUUACAAGACAUCGUGAGUCACGUGUUCUGGGUCACGUGGUCAGGCGAGUAUCCACUGGACAGCGAUGAGUGCUGCGACCAGAACAGAACGAUGCUGGCAAACGCUUUGGACGCGAUUCUCCCAAACGCCAAGAGGUUAAAGCAUUUCUCGCUCCAAACGGGGAUGAAGCAUUACGUGUCUCUCGUCGGAGAGACUCUGUCUCGUGGUGGAGAAGGUUCAAGUGUGUGUUAUUACAGCGAGGAGUGUCCGAGGAAGAGCUCUGGGAAGAAUUUCUAUUACGUUUUGGAGGAUCUGCUGAAGGAGAAGAUCUCUGGAGUUUCAGUUGUUUGGUCGGUUCAACGACCCGGUUUGCUAAUGGGAAGCUCUACAAGGACUCUGUACAACUUCAUGGGAAGUCUUUGUGUUUAUGGAGCCAUGUGUAAGUAUUUGAAUCUUCCUUUUGUGUUUGGAGGGACAAGAGAAUGCUGGGAGGAGUGUUACAUUGAUGGGUCUGAUUCAAAUUUAGUCGCAGAACAGCAUAUUUUCGCUGCGACUAGUGGGAGAGUACGUGAAAAUGGUGAGGCCUUUAAUGCCAUAAACGGGGUAGGGUUCACGUGGAAAGAGAUUUGGCCUCAAAUCGGGAGGAAACUUGGGGUGCAAGUCAAUGAAACGAAGAUGUUUGAUGAGGGUUUCUGGUUUGAGAGAGAGAUGGGUGAGAGAAAGUAUGUGUGGGAUGAGAUUCUGGUGAAGGAGAAGCUUGUCCAGACAAAGAUUGAGGAUUUGGCCAAUUGGGUUUUCAUGGAUGUGCUAUUUAGAUGUCCUUUCAAGCUGCUUGGAAGCAGAGAUAAAGUUGAUAAGUUUGGGUUUAAGAGGAAAUAUAGAACCCUGGAUUCGAUUUUGUAUUGGAUUGAUGUAAUGAGAGAAGAAAAGCUCAUUCCUUAGUAAGACAAGUGGUUUGUGUUUGGUGCUUUAGGAACAUUUGGUUUCCAAAAAGUUAGUUUUGAUUAGCAUUGUAAAUCAUGGUAUGUAUUUGAUCUUUAAUCUUCCCUAAGUCUUGUUUGUAUUAGCAACAUAUGUAUUAUAUAUGUAAUGUGUGAGUUUUUAAAUGAAUUGUCCACAAACC